AUGACGUCUCAUUGGACAAAUUAUUCCAUCAAUGCUCGCGACGACGAUGCCACGUCCUUGCAGGCUUCAUCCGAGGAUAUACCUGCAUGCACGUCGUGCAAAAAGCGAAAAUUGAGGUGCUCAAGAGAGACGCCUGCUUGUUCGCAUUGCUUGAGGCUAUCCUUGGAGUGUGCUUACGCCCCUAAGCAGAAGCCAGGCCUGAAGACUGGGGCACUGGAAGGCUUGACGCGUCGCGUCGCAUUUCUUGAGCAGAUUCUAUUGGACGAAGUUGGUCGAAUUCGCCCUCAAUUCGACAUCGAUGAAGAUAGGAGUGGUCAUACAGAUCGAGCACAAGAUGGCCUGGCCAAUCGCCGCCCUGCAGACCAUAGAAUUAACACUGACACAACGACGCCGGGCACUAUUCAGCUCGAUGAGAGCAUACGAGAAGCAACCGUCCAGCCACAGCCACCGGUGGAAGAACGUAUACCAAAUCCUCGCAAACGUAAGCUCGAAGAGCCUGUCUUUACGACAGCACUUUUGGAACUCGACAAUAUCGAAAUUGGGGACCAUCUUCCAUCUCAGCCCCUUCUCGUGAAAGUUGCUGAGUUCUUUUGUACAUCAUUUCACCACUGGAUACCUUACUUGCACAAACAAAGAUUGUGCGACACCGUGACAGGAACGAGGGCCGAGUCAAGAUCCGAUCUCGUUCUCCAUGGCCUGGUAGCAGUGACGCUCCGCCAUAUGGAUCGUCAAGUCAUAUGCAUGGAUGAAGACGAGGUUCUGCGUCAAACGAAGAUAUCACAUUUCAUCGUCGAGACGUUGGCAAUGAAAAGCAUGUCAACAGAGAGCUUACAAGCUCUCAUAUUAAUUAUAUUCGAUUAUCUUAGCGAUGGUGACGGAGCAAGAGCAUGGCCUUUAAUCGGGUCUCUGACACGGACAGUGGACUAUCUUCAGCUCACAACUGAACCAGUAGCGUGCCCAGGUGGCGCACUCAUGACGCCUCUACAAACUGUUCCUCCUCUUCAGGAUUGGACAGCACUGGAGGAGCGUCGUCGUCUCUUCUGGGUCAUUUUCUUGCUGGACCGCUUUUGUUCGGUUUCGACAGGCUGGAACACCUCGCUCACUUCCGAAGAUGUACACAGACGUCUUCCUGCAGACGGUGGGUACUUUACUCGCGAAGAACCGGUAUCUACACCCUUCUUUGGCAUUUGGUCCAAAGCAGCGGGCCGAAUAGGCCGAUCCCUUGCCAACGUUCCCGCGCAGUACAACGAAGAGGAUCCGGUAACAGAGCCAGUGCAAGGCUCAACCCCAGGAUCUGCAGCCGGCCUAAUAGAUUCUUCCAAGCUUGGUGCUUUCGCCUACUGCGUCGAGGCUACCGAGUCGCUGAGCCAGGUGACCACAUUCUUCCUCCAGCAAAAAAUCAAUUGGCAGGACAAAGACCAUGCCAUCAAUUGGCUAACAAGAUUCAAAGAACUUGAUCUGCGGCUGGUUCAAUGGAAGAUGUUCUUGCCACCUCGAUGGAAAGACUCCGACAUAUCCGAGAACCGAGAAGUUGUCAAUAUGGAUCCAAAUCUCACGCUGGCGCACAUCACACACAACACCUCCAUGAUACUUCUUCAUCACUCUAUCGCCUAUCCACCAAAGGAAUGGAGUGAUUACAUUGCUUUACCAAAGGACUGUAGCGCACAGACUUGCCAGCAUGCUGCUGUGGAGACGGCAAACAUUGUAAACAAGUUCUUAACACACACUAUGAUUCCGUUUGUGAAUACUCAAUUCGCCUUUUGCACAUUCAUCGCCGCAAAGGUUUUGCUCUACGAACAUCAAGCCACCAGAAGAACCCUCAGGCCGGAAUUUGACCGCAUGAAGCGCAACCUAGAAGAGAUGUCUUCGCGUUGGACCUCCGGUAAACCGCGGUCGGACUCAGGACGUGGAUUGUACGGGACCUCCGAGCUGGACCAAGCAGCGCGAUAUGCAAAUCAUCUAGAUUACCUCUACGACGCAUGUCGCUGCAAUUCAUCAUUUACAUUCAAUUUCUACGACCAUUCCUGCCGACGCCCGGGAAUAUGGACACUCACCAUGAGCACUCCCGCGCCAGUGUCAAGUCCCUCAGUAACAUCAAGGGGUAAGGCACAGAGUGCUGGCGCGAGACGGAGCAUCGUUUCCAAUAGCGACUGCGACGCCCUAAUGAGUCCAAAAACAAUCGUACAGCCUACGCAAGGGUUUGCUCCAACUGAUUCGAGUGCGUCACGCGUUAGACCAUCUGGACAGUAUCACGGUACUCAAUCGGGAGAAGGAUACCCACAACAUUCUGCUGCCAUGCCCUCCCCGUACCUUGCAACGGUAUCGGAAGGGGGCUACCCAAACGCCCAGGCACUCAACAGUGAACUCCUCGCGGGACAUUCACUCCAGGACCAGUCUCUUCUGAGUUUAUCUGACACGCUGAUGGACUCGCAAUUCUUGGACAUGGAUCGUGUGAUAACGUUCGAAGACACGAAUUUCUACCUGCCGGGGGAUGCGUACCGAUGGCAAACUCUAUCAUGA